UUCUUCUUUCUUCCGCCUCAAGGCGAAGGCGAGCUCGUGCCGGAUAUACCGCAGUCUCCCCGCUCUAGCCCACUAGUCUCCACCCUCUCUUCUUGCUGUGAAAUCGAAACGCAGGAGGCAGGACCAACCCUCGGAACCCGGCGGCCUGCGAUGGAGUGCGUUAUCGGCGUCGUCGGGCGCGACUUCGCGGUGGUGGCGGCGGACACCUCCGCCGUGCAGAGCAUCCUCGUGCACAAGACGGACGAGGACAAGGUCAUGGUCCUCGACUCGCACAAGCUGAUGGGCGCCUCAGGGGAGCCCGGGGACCGGGUGCAGUUCACGGAGUACAUACAGAAGAACCUCCACCUCUACCAGUUCCGCAACACCAUCCCGCUCUCCACAGCCGCCACCGCCAACUUCACCCGCGGCGAGCUCGCCACCGCCCUCCGGAAGAAUCCAUAUAUGGUCAAUGUUAUACUUGCUGGUUAUGAUAAGGAUGUUGGUGCCUCCAUGUAUUACAUUGACUACAUUGCAACGUUGCACAAGAUUGACAAAGGUGCUUUCGGGUACGGGUCUUAUUUCUGUUUAUCGCUGAUGGACAAGUUGUAUCACCCGAACAUGACUGUUGAGGAAGCAGUAGAUCUUGUUGACAAGUGCAUUAAGGAAAUCCGACUGCGAUUGGUCGUUGCACCUCAGAACUUUGUGAUCAAGAUUGUUGACAAGGAUGGGGCGAAGGAGUAUGCUAGGCGUGAACAUGUCAGCGACAAUCCAGAAGCCGCAACUACAGUUUCUGCCUGAGGUUUGGCUCUUUGGGUGGAUAUCUGGCAGGCGGUUGAACCUUCCUGAUUAUUGUUUGUCAGUACCGCUGCUAUGUAAUCACAAGAUAUUUGAAACAUGAUAACUGUUUUUCAAUUCAGACCAGACUUAGUACUA